GAUUACAGAGUGAAUAUUUUUCUUCGUCAGAAAUGGAAUGACCCGCGUCUUGCAUAUAGUGAAUACCCUGAUGACUCCUUGGACCUAGAUCCUUCCAUGUUGGAUUCCAUUUGGAAACCUGAUUUGUUCUUUGCCAAUGAAAAGGGAGCCAACUUUCAUGAAGUGACUACAGACAACAAAUUGUUAAGAAUUUUCAAGAAUGGGAAUGUUCUUUAUUCAAUAAGGUUGACAUUAACACUCUCCUGUCCAAUGGAUCUCAAGAAUUUUCCGAUGGAUGUACAAACAUGUAUAAUGCAACUGGAAAGUUUUGGGUACACAAUGAAUGAUCUCAUAUUUGAAUGGCAAGAUGAGGCACCUGUACAAGUGGCAGAAGGACUCACUUUACCCCAGUUUCUGUUGAAAGAAGAGAAAGAUUUACGAUACUGCACUAAACAUUACAACACAGGAAAGUUUACAUGUAUAGAAGUGCGAUUCCAUCUUGAACGGCAAAUGGGCUACUAUCUGAUCCAGAUGUACAUUCCAAGCCUCCUGAUUGUCAUUCUCUCCUGGGUUUCCUUCUGGAUCAACAUGGAUGCUGCCCCAGCCCGGGUAGCCUUGGGAAUAACCACUGUGCUGACCAUGACCACACAGAGUUCAGGAUCACGGGCUUCCUUACCAAAGGUCUCCUAUGUCAAAGCUAUUGAUAUUUGGAUGGCAGUGUGCCUCCUUUUUGUGUUUUCAGCACUUCUGGAAUAUGCAGCGGUAAAUUUUGUAUCAAGACAACACAAAGAACUUUUGAGAUUUCGACGAAAGAGAAGGAGUAAGACAGAAGCUUUUGCAUUGGAGAAGUUUUACCGUUUCUCAGACACGGAUGAUGAGAUAAGGGAAAGCCGCUUCAGCUUCACAGCUUAUGGAAUGGGGCCUUGUCUGCAAAGCAAAGAAGGUGUGACCCCAAGGGGCCCCAACCAUCCUGUCCAAGUAAUGCCGAAGAGCCCAGAUGAGAUGAGGAAGGUCUUCAUCGACCGGGCCAAGAGGAUUGACACCAUCUCCCGAGCCUGCUUCCCAUUAGCCUUUUUGAUUUUUAAUAUUUUCUACUGGGUUAUCUAUAAAAUUCUUAGGCAUGAGGAUAUUCAUCAGCAGCAAGAUUAAGUAUCAGGGAGUGUGCAAGUGUGCAAACUCAGUAUGCCAACUCAGAGGGAAGGCUUUUUGCCAUAAGGGUGUUUCUGUGUGUGUACGUGUGUGUGUGUGUGGUGUACAAAUGAUGGCCAUUGUGCUCGAGUGACAUAUGCAAAGGUGUGAUUAUGACUUGCUAUGCAAAGUCAUCAGGCAGUUAUGAUUCCUUUAAUGAAUACAAAAUAUAUGUAUUAUCGGGAUUCUAUUUCAUUAAGAUUAUCUGUUCUUUCACAGUAAAUUUUACAAGUGGACAUAUUAUUGUAAAUGUGUUUGUAUGUAAUAUGAUGUCACAUAAUAGUACAUGUGAAAACUGCUUUGAAAUUCUUUGAUUUUUCAAUUCAGUAUUAAAUAUCACAAAAGUUAAAUUUGCACAGAAAACUUUUAAAAAGGAAAAACAGGAAAUGUUGAAGAUUUUAAAAAUGUAGCUUGAGGCUUUAAAUUAUUUUCUUAUACUUGCAGUUACAAAACAGAAAAAUAAUCAGAUAGUUAAGUGACAAAUUCACUCAAUAAUAAUAGAAAAUUGUACAUACAAAUGCUAUAGAACCAACUUAAGUAAUAGAAAAUUAAAAUCAGAAGAUUAAAGUAAAAAACUUUUAUUGUUUAUAUACUAAAUUUAAUUGUUUAAAAUAUCAAAUUUCCCUCUUUGGAAAUGUUUUCAAUGGCCUAAGCAAUCAUAUUAUACAUAAAAUCUACUUUUCUUAACUUUAUAUAUCUGUGAAUGAAUGUAGAUAUACUAAAAACACUAUUGUUUUUAAAAAGUAUUAUAGCUAUGUAUUUUUCUUUGUUGCCAAACACUGAAAAAAUUCAAGCCAGCAUCUUUGUUUUGUUAGAUUUUUAAUAGUUGGUUAAUCAUCUGUAAGUAAUUAUGUUUAUUGUUUUGAUGUAGUUGAACAAAGUUCAGUAAGACUUUUAUAUUUUAGUUUAGAAUGAGGCUUUAAAAUUCAGUAGGAUUAUAGUAUUUACAUUUUGGUAAAAUUGAAUUUAAUGAAAACCAAAAUAGAUUUAGGAAGGUUUUUUAAAAUAAGAACAGACUUCCCAUCAAAGUUAUAUGGGUUCCAACUCAUAGCCCUAAACAUAAGGAAGGAAGAUUUUAACUCUACAUUAUAUAAAUAAGUCACUUCUAUAAAUGAGAAUUGAUUGUUUUGUAUUUAUGAAUUAAUAAUUUCAAUAUAUAAGACAUCCACUAGUUGUGAAUAAUUCUAAAUAAAAAUCUUACUUAAAACUUAUCAGCAACCCCAUGGAAUUAUUUCAACUACAAUGGGGCAUUAACUCAUUUUGUGCAAUGUAAUUAGGUGCAAAUAUAUGAUAGAGUUUUGGAGUUAAAUUGAACCAGACUCUGAUUACAGUUUUGCUAUUUUUUGCAUUAUUUUUAUCAUCAAUGUUGUAUUUUUAAAAAGCUCUAUAAUCCUUUUUAAAAAUGUUUAAUUACUGGUCAGAUUCUCUAGAUAGAAACUCAAGCCAAAUUACUGACAGAGAAAGGUUUGAUCAUGAAGAAAACAACUAAAUCAGAUUUAAGAGGGAUAAAUAAGGCACUUUUGAACAAGAUGGUACUAUUUUCUGAUCUUUAACUGUUAUUAAACUAAAAGCAAGAGCUUCCAUUUAAAGCUAAAAUGUUUCAAUGUUAUUGAACUUUGGUCUACCUAAUUGUACUUUUAAAAAAGCAAAUGUAAAAAUAAUGUAUAUUUGGCAAUUUUUGCUACUAAAACACCAAAUUUUCUUACUUUGUAGGCAAUUUAAAAUACAGUUAGGGGGAAAAAAGGGUUGCCAUUAAAUGAAAAUGCCACAGCCGAAGAUACUACUAGGUACUUUAUUUUGAGGACUCUGCAUCUCGAAGUUAAACAUGUCCUUCUUCAUUGAGUGUUUAUGAACCAAAAUCAUGGAAAUAUAUUCUUGUACUAAAGGUAGAUUAAAGCUCGAUAUGUUGUUUGUGUUCUCUGAGGAUAAGCUAGUGGGUUUAAGUCGAUGAUAAGCUAUGUGUUGUCUCAACAUAUCUCUGAAAUACUUGAAUACAUUUUUUCUAUACUUCAUACAUCUUAUUUUUAGAGUUCUUCAUCAUUGCUUAAAUUAAAUGAAUUCUGCCAAAAGCAAACAUACAAUGUUUGUUUAGACAUACAUAGACAUAGGCAAUGAACCUACACCCCUAAAGAAAUUUAUGAACAUCACUUGUUUUUACAUUUGAGAAUAUUAAAAGUGUCUCUUUUUUUAAGCUUGAAACUUGGAAUGUUUCCAAUACAUAUACUAGCCACUAGUAUACAAAAAUACUAGCCAUGAAACAACUUUUUCAGCAAGGGCGUUGAUAUGGUAGAAAUCUCUCUAUCUCAAAAGGAUUAAAUUUUACUUAGGUAUAUAUACUUAUAUAUAUGCAAAGAAAAUACUCUGAAAUUUUUUUUUUUAA